AUGGAUGAGAAGCUCUGGGUGGUUACUUCCUCUUUCGCCCAAGAGCAGGGCUUUCCAACACAAUUUGAGGUCACAAAGAUCAUAUUUGGGGUCGCGAACCGGCAACUAUGUGCCAAGUUAUGUUUUUCUUUGCGAUUUAAGUGCAUAGGUGGGAUUCGGCCAGUGCUUGGGGUCCUGAAUGAAGGGAUUCGUUUACAGAUCCCACUGGAAACGCGGGAGCCGGAGUUGCAGAUGGACAUGGUGGAGACUGGGGCUAUCAGCAUGGGGAAGCAAGGGAAAUACAGGAAACUAUCCGAGAAACCCAGAAUCGUCAUCGAAAGCCGCGAGAGCUUGGAAGCCAGGGGACGGGUGGAAGUCGUCAGUCCAGGAAAGAAAGAGUUUGAGGCUUUAUCCGUACCCGUUGAAAACGAGAAGCCCGCUCGAGUCCCCGACGUCCCCAACGGGGGUUACGGUUGGGUCAUCGUCUUCACAGCCUUCGCUACAAAUGCCAUCAUCGAUGGGAUUGCGCGUUCCUUUGGAGUCUUCCUUCCGGCCUUGGCUCUUGAUUUCCGCGAGACCAGGGGCAAAACUGCGUGGGUUGGAAGCCUUCUCGCGGGAUUCUAUCUCACUGUCGGUCCAGUCGCUAGUGCAUUGACAAACAGGUUUGGCUGCAAGAAGGUAUGCAUCGGAGGAACCGUCCUCGCUGGAAUGGCAUUUGGGUUCAGCACACUGGUCACAUCCAUCGACCUUCUCAUGGUCACUUAUGGAGUUCUAGGAGGUUUGGGAUUUGGACUCAUAUACUUGCCAGGCAUCGUGGCGGUCAGUAAUUGGUUCGACACCAGGCGAGCUCUUGCAACCGGAAUUGCAAUUUGUGGCUCUGGAGUUGGCACUUUUGCAUUUGCUCCUCUUGGGAACUUCCUCUUGGAAGAAUACGGCUGGAGAGGGUCUUAUCUUAUCUUCGCCGGCAUUCUUCUAAACUGCUUGAUUUUGGGCUUAUUGAUGCGAGAACCACCUAUGAUGAAGCUUCAGCCUGCCCUUGAACAACCUGAGUCCCCCACGAGUGAUCCUGCAAAUUACACUAACGAGAAGUUGUGUGGGCCAUUGGAGCAGAAGUCCAAGCUCUUCAUGAAGCCCGAAGUCAACUCCAAUCCUCACUUGAAGCUGGUUGGAACAAGCAGUUCUCCUGUUAACUCACUGCAGAAAUUGAUCAUGAUGCCCCGUAUCUUAGAGGAACAGGAAUUGCCUCCUCUUCAAAAGUCUCCCAGUGGAGGCAACUGCAGAAACAACAAAAAGAAUGUCGAGGCAGUAACUUCUAGAAUUAAUUCCCCUAUUUCUGGAACUAUGAAAACUGCUGCAUUAAGUCCAUCAAUCUUAAAACCAGAGUUUUUAUCUCCCAUAAUGAAAGGUUCACAUGGGAACAUCCGCCAGACAGAGUCUGUCCCUGCACUCCCACGAAAACGUGAUCUCGGACGCAAUGCCUCGGCUUCUUUUGAUAAGAUCAAAACUGUACUAGGCAAGCGCUACAGUGCUCAGCUUCCCGGAUCUCAUCUUACCAUUUAUCAGAGGAUGCUAUCAGCCGAGAAACCUCUUGCUUCCAAGUUGUCAGGAAUAUCAUUUUCUAGACAGAUCAAUAUCACUUCUCAAAGUGGUGGAAGUCGUCAAACUGGUCUUGGUUCCGUACACUUGGCCCUAGCAAGGAAAGACACAUUCUUGAGUGGAAGCGUGCAGAGGCUUCCCCAUUUCCAAAGGAGUUUAUCUGUUGAGGAAUACAGAGCAUCCGUUCUAAGCCUUCAACAGAAGGACACAAUUGAUAAUCCAGCUACUUCACAAGAAGAAAAAGAUGAGGGGUGCAGGAUGCUCCCUGCUUCGUUUGUGGACAUAUUUCGGGAAAUGACAGACUUCUCACUCCUCAAGAAUCCAGUGUUUCUCUUGAUCGGGUUGAGCAACAUCUUUGCAAUGCUUGGAUUUAAUGCCCCCUUUGAUUACCUGGUUGAUGCAGCAAUCAAAAAGGGCAUAGAUUUGAGUAGUGCCAGCUUCCUGCUUUCAGCUGUAGGGCUGACCAAUACUGUGGGUAGAAUCUUCAUGGGGUGGCUGAGUGAUCUACCAUGGGUGGAUUGCUGUAUUCUAAACAAUCUGAGUCUGCUGGUCAGUGGAGUCACUGUUGCAUUCACUCCAUUCUGUGACACGAUGGUUGGAUUCACCAUAAUUGCUGUACUCUUUGGACUCUGCAUUGCGGGAUUUGUGAGUGUUACAUCAAUUAUGCUGGUGGAGCUCAUGGGGAUUGAGAAUUUGACCAAUGCAUUUGGGCUGCUUCUCUUAUUCCGUGGCCUUUCUUCAUUCCUUGGAGCUCCUAUUGCAGGUGCCAUAUCAGAUGCUACAGGGAACUAUGAUGCCUCCUUCUAUACUGCAGGAGGGUGCUUGAUUUUGGCCUCCCUCAUUGGAUUCAUCAUCUACCUGCCAAUACUGGCGAGUUACAGAACACCAUUGGGGCAUGCUAGGCCCCAUGAAUUAGAAGUCAUUCCAGAGGGAAAUGAAGCAGAUAUUUCUGAUUCAUGGUCCCACAUCUCUGAGAAAGACCUGAAUUCCUCCCCAGCAUAG